UGGCAUGAUUGGUUAUAUACAAUAUUACUGUACAUUCAAUGUUGUCAUAUCGUGAUAUUUGUAUAUAUUUAGUUUAUCACAAUAUAUUAAGAAAUUUGUAAUAAUUAACGCGUAAAUAAUGAAAACUGAAGUGUACAAUGAUAUAAUAAUGACAAUUCGUAGUUUUCGAGGUUUGUCAAGAGAUUGUGCCAAGAUGCUAAAGGAAAAGUACACUAACAUUCUCGCAAGUACAUUACAUAGCAUUUUAUCUCUAGAAAUACAACAAAAAAUGAAAACCAACCAUGUAAGAUUAUUUGGAAACAACAAAAGUUAUUAUGACAGCUAUCUAGAGGCAGUUCAGAAUGGAGAACCAACAGGUAUUUUAUUGAGAAUGGCGAAAGAUAUUGAUGCUGCACCAGCUUUAUUAGCACGUAAUGUCUUGGAAAAAUACUGUAUGCAUGAUGAUGCAAAUGUUUCAAAAAAUAUAAUCUCCAAGUUGUUCAAAGAUACCACACUGAUUGGAGAUAAGGAUCUUGCAUACGAAAUUUAUUUGUGCAUAUUGUAUGAUGAUCUGUAUGGGCCAAUAGCUGAUUCAAUGGGAAUUUGCAUAGGGCAAGAAUACGAAAUCAAACUGCAAGAUAAUCUAAUACGAAGAAAUAUUGCAUUUCGAAACGAAGAACAAUUACGAUUACGAGGAUAUGACAAGACUCCGGACAUUAAGUUAGAAGUGCCGAUCGCAGUGAAUGGUUAUGUGAUAAACUGGAUUGAAUCUAAGGCACGAUUCGGUAAUACAGAGGUUCAUCAAAAGUAUAUGAGAGAACAGUUCUUAAGUUAUUGGAACAGAUUUGGAUCUGGAUUGGUUAUUUAUUGGUUUGGAUAUCUUGAGAGCUUGAACAAAUCGAGUGAGAAAAAAUUCAUUAUAAUGGAUCAUUUUCCAGAGAAUAUUACGUAUAUGGAUCCUGCUUGUAUCAAGCCCACAAAUAGUACAUGAUUCUGGUUGAACAUAAUUGUAUUUAUACAUUUUGUACAGUUUUUACUGAUGAUAAUACACUUGAAUUGUAAAUAGAUUUUUCAAUAAUAUCUACUAUAAAUUAAUGUUAUACUAUUGUCGAUAAAUGGAUAAUGAAAUCACAAUAAAAUAUUCACAUUUUCUUUUUUUUUACAUAAAACCUCAAAUCCUCUUUUUACAUUUAAUAAUAUGUAUCAUAGUCGAAUAAAUGAGUAGACAGCAAAAUGAUAUAAUUAUAAAAAUUACUAAUACAUCUAUGUAUCUAUAUACAUAUAUUACAAUGUUAAUGUUAAAUUAUAUGACAAAACAAAGAACAUCAGAUUUAGCAUCAGAUGCUAGCAGUUAUGAAAUUGACGUUUUACUCAAUAAUAUGUCUGUUUAAAUCCAAAUUCUUGAAUAGAAAAGCAUAUAAUAAAUAUUACUUUUGUCUGAUAUCGGAUAA